CAGGGCCUCAGUUUUGCAAAUUAUAUAUAAGGAAAGUAGAACAGACUUGCUUCAUAUUGAAAGAUCCCUUCACAGAGGAUUAUUACAGAUCUCGUUGACAAGUGGGCAACAUGAAGACUUUGUUUGUUCUAUUGCUUUUAGCUGUGGUAUGCAAAGGAAACCACUUGAAGGUGCGUCAAUUAAUUGAUAUGUUGAGAGCACAAGAGGCAGAAGAAUACAGGAGACACGAAAUUACAGCAGGCAAAAGACAUGAAGUUACCGCCGGAGUCAAAAGACAUGAACUUACCUCCGAAGCCAAAAGACAUGAAGUUACCGACGCCGCUAAGAGACAUGAGUUUACUGCCGAAGCCAAAAGACAUGGUUAUACUACAGCAGCCAAAAGACACAAGUUUACCGCCGCAGCCAAAAGACAAGGCUUUACUUUGAACUUACCCACUUCGACUCCAAGAGCAUACACGCAUGACACGGUUGUAGACGAGUUCACGGGCUUUCAGGAGGCUUUUUUAUUUCCAGGAAGUCAUUAUCUCAUCGAUAUGAUCCGGAAACACUGCGAAUCUGGAAUGGGUCUCAAAAUGGCGAUUGAGGAUAUAAAAGAUAAUUUUGAAAUUCCCGAUUGUGAACUAAAGGACCUGGGAAAAGUGUUCGGGCUGUUGCAAUGGGUUCAAGACCCAGACAGUGUCGCACUACUGGUUACCAGAAUGCUGAUCAAACCAGUGUUGAAGGAAAGAAUGAAAUGCCCUGCCACCAUCCUUGAUAUGGGAUUCAUCAAAUUGCUGUUAGCUAAGAAGCAAGAGUUCGUGGCGAACGAUGACGAAGCACUUUACACUUUUUUCAAAAACAUGGCGCCACUGGUUGACCCAGCACUAGAACCAUUGGCGGGCGACGUUGCUACAAUGAGCGUACUCGAGUUUCACGGAAGUAUUUUCAACGAGACAAUGGAGUUCUUGUGGAAAUAUGGAUUAAAAGAUUUAGCCUAUGCAAGUCACUCCAUUUAUCAUGAACUGCAGAGAUAUUUCCGCUCUAUCCAAGACGGCAAUCACUUCCUAGCUAAUGGAAUGGCAUUGAAAAUGCGUAUAGAAAGCGCUUUGUCUGGAGUCCGGUGUCCCUCUUCCUCCGAGGUUGUAGAAUAUCACAAAACGGAAAUGCAGAGAUUCAAGGAUGUAUUUGCUUUGAUGGAGACCGAGAACAUUUGUUUGAAGGUAACUGCUUUCCUUUCCAAAUACAUCCACACGGCUAUCCCAGGGUACCAGCCAGACUUCGAAAAUAACGCACCGUUAGAUGAUGUGUGUGCCGGGAUUAAGUUGGUCAUUGACGGCAUUGUCCAAGAAUUUUCCGAAUACGAGUACUUCCUGUAUUCAAUGGACAUAACUGAAUUUAAAGCGAUGACUGGAAAUGUGUUUACGGACACUGAAUGGGCUGUGCUGGAAGAGGCUCUCCAUAGACUUGAUUUUGCAAGGAUACCUUGAAGGAUAGAUGGACUAUUUCGUGGCGUUUCAAACAGACAUUCGCAGUGCUUCAGACGUUUUCUUCUAGAGACUGUACAGAGAGAUUAUGAUUAUGAUAGUUUAUGAUAAUGUUAUGACUGAUAUAAGUUUGAAGACUGCCUUUAUUUAUUAAUAGUUAUUUAUUUAUAUACAUAUAUGUAAUACAUUAUACAAACGAAAGUAAAGUUUUGAAGUUAA